UUAGAAUAAAAUUUUUUCAGAAUUCGACUUUUUUCUCAAAAUGUUGAUUCGUUUUGGCACCAGAGCAGGGCGACAGUUACUGGGCUGCAGGCCAAAUACUAGUUACGAACAUUUUUCACCAAUAUUUGUCCAGAGCUUUCACUUUACUCCAGGCGUUAGCAGAGAUGAUCUCAUCUCCAGGACUAAGACAAAUAUUGAAAAGGAAGUAAAACCAACUAAUCAGACUAAUAGCCCUGUGAAUGUGAAGAGCAAAACUGGAAGUGAAUCUGAAAACACCAAUGAGGAAACUGAGAACGAGAAAAUUAUUGAGUUUAAUAAACAGUUUAGUGACCGACAGAUGGAUUUGAAAAAUAUGUUGAAAGAAAAAAGAGCAGAAAUGGUGGAAAUGAUGGAGGACAAAAGAACGGAAAUGCGCGAUCAAAUGGAGGAGAAGAAAAUAGAAAUGCGGGAACGAUUGGAAGACAAGAAAACAGAAUUUCUGGAGCGAUUGGAAGAAACGAAAACAGAAAUGCGGGAACGAUUGGAGGACAAGAAAACAGAAAUGCGGGAACGAAUGGAGGACAAGAAAACAGAAAUGCUGGAACGAAUGGAGGAGAAGAAAACUGAAAUGCGGGAACGAAUGGAGGACAAGAAAACAGAAAUGCGGGAACGAAUGGAGGACAAGAAAACAGAAAUGCGGGAACGAAUGGAGGAGAAGAAAACGGAAAUGAAGGAAAGGAUUGAAGAACGAAGACAAACAGUUGAGGCCCGGAGUGAAGAAACAAGAACUAGAAUAUUCUGGAAAAUGUUUAACAAUCUCUUCUUAUACCUUAAAUCCUACGGAGAUAUUCUUAAGACAGCUUUUCCUGAUCGUGUGGUGAAAACGUACAAAAUUUUCUCCAUUGGAACUAAAAGUCUUUUCAGUGAGAUGAAAGUGUACAGUGGAGUACACAGAUCUAUAGCCAAGAAUAAAGCCAGAGACUAUUCACAACUCUCAAGAAAUGAUUUAGAAGUUUACAUCAGACUCCCUAAAGAUCUGGUUCGUGUUACACCAGUUUUACUCAUAUCAGCACUUCCCUUUGCUCAGAACAUUGUUUUCCCUCUUGCUCUUCUAUAUCCUCGUGUGUUUCUUUCAACACACUUCUGGAACACAGAGCAGCUGUUAGAACACUACAGGCGUGUUGCUGAACAUCAAGAUAAAUUAUAUCCAGUUCUUACCACCGUACUGUACAACAGUGUACUGCAGAUUAAAAUGGGAGAGUCAAUGCUACUGUUUCUCAAGCUUUUAAAUCAGAUAAAUUCAGGCGAAACUAAAAUAGCAUCCAUCCUUGAGAUUUUCGAGAUUAAACAAUAUUUUUCCAGUUCAGGACCAUUCCAUAUUGAUGCAUUACCUCGAUCUCAUGCUCAACUUCUUGUUUCCUUUUACAACCUGUCAUAUUCACUCUUCCCACACAGAUCCCUGAGUAAGUUUGGAUCCCUACUUCUUGCUCUAGAUAAAGCUAUAAUCAGGGAUGGUAUUGCACAUUUAUCAAAUGAAACCUUGCUCAGAUUAUCUAUUCAAAGAGGACUGAAUGGAAUAGAUAUGAAAAGAACAGGCCUAAUUGAAUUUCUAACCUUGUGGACCAAUGUUUCUAAGAAUGUAACAGAGAAUGAGCUGAGCCUUCUUCUUCAUCUUCCAAUCCUCAUCUCUUACAAGUUUAUAUGUAAUUCUUUAUAGCACUGUACAGUCACAAUGUACAUACCAUGUUACAAGAAUAAACUGUACGGUACAAGAA